AUGUCGAGUAAAGCGGCAUUGAAAGCUGUUCGCGCAGCUUUGGAGUCGAAAGACUACCAAGAUGCUGCCGAGAAGGCCAGAACGCUGGCUAAACAAGACCCUCAAAACUACCAUGCACUUGUCUUCUUGGGACUCGCAUGCGAAAAGCUGAAUAAGAACGAUGAGUCGGAAAACGCAUAUAUCGCUGCAACGCGCAUCAAGGCCGACGAUAGGACUGCAUGGCAGGGAUUGCUUUCCUUAUACGAUAAACAGGGUGGGAGCAGGCUGGAUUCUUACCACCAAGUUGUCGUGAAUCUUGGGAAAAUUCUUGCCGAUAAUAACGAGGCGGAACGCUGCCAGGACCUGGUUAAUAAAUAUGCCAAGUUGGCCAAAAGCCAUGGGUCCAAAGCCCAGCGCAAGUCGUCAUUGAUGUUGCAGCUGCCCACUUCGCCGCUGUACGACUUACUCGAGGGCAGAGUGCCCCAUCCCGCACAUACAUACUUGCGAUUGAUUGAAUUGUCUGAAGGUGAAGAAAGAGAAUUCAUCAACCGCGAAAUUGGAGAGCGGAGAACUCGCCUUGGUGCGCGCAUCGAAAAAGUGACCCAGGAGGUCAAGCGCGAAGCUUUCGAAAAGAGUGGCUUGGAUCAGCUUUAUCGAGGAAUAAUUGAUUGGACAAAUGACGAUGAGGUGCGACGCCAAUACGAAGAGAAGCUGUUCCACCGCGCAUACGAGGAUCUUUGCGUUUCCCCGCCUGAUCAGAAGGAAGAAAAGCAGAAACUCGUUUUCAAGGCCGCCCAGGACAUGGUGAUCAUUAAACAUCCCUUUGAGCCUGCUUGGAAGGUCUUUUUGACAUGGCAAGACGUCCAGAGUUUCUCUGAAUAUGACGUUGGACAUCUGCGGGAAUAUGUCGAAUUCUUCCCGGAAUCUGGAAUCUCGAAAAUUCUGAAGGGAUUUUUGGCAAGUGAGCUUUCACCCUUCCCCAAUGAUCCCGAAGAAGAAGCCAAGGGCAAUAAAGAGAGCAAACGGGACUCCGAUUCUGCUGAAGCUGAGCCCGAUGAGAAUGAUGCCAAGGUCAAUAAGCAGACGGCUGCUCAAGAUCGUCUUAUCUUGAUGGUCGAGGGAUUGGAAUCUGCCGGAAACUCCAUCAUUGCCCAUCGUGUCAUGGCAGAUCUCUAUCUCUACCUUGAAGAAUAUGAGAGCGUGGUCAACGUCGCACGUAAAGGUCUGUCUAAUGUCAAGGAACUGACCAAGCUCUGUGGUGUUUCAAUCCCAAACACAUCAGACGCCUUGAACAUCGCGCUUGCAAACGCGUUGAUCUAUCACCAAGCACCUCGACACCACCCAGAAGCGAAAAUGAUUUUCGGAAACAUCCUCGAGCGAUUCCCGUUAUCUUGUACUUGCUUACUUGGCGUUGGCCUGGUCUUGAAAGAGGACCAGGACUAUGCCCAAGCUGUCGAUUUCUUGCGUCGUGCCCUUGAACGCGAUACCCAAAACCUCACAAUUCGUGGGGAGCUUGCCUGGUGCGAGGCACUGAAUGGUGACCUCCAAGCUGGAUUGGAUAGGCUCCAGGGCGUGCUCGAAGACUCGAAGGAGAUUCAACCCGACAACAGAGAGUUUGCAUCGGAGAUUUUCUACCGCAUUGGCUACUGUCAAUGGGAGCUUGAUCCAUCUCCAAGUGCAAGAAAGGACCGCAAAGGUGCUUACAGUAGCCUCUUUGCGUCUAUCCAGGCCAACAUGAACUUCGCACCGGCGUACACUAUCCUCGGCUUUUACUUUGCCGAUUACAAAAAGGACAAAACGAGAGCCCGCCGAUGCUUCCACAAGGCGUUUGAGCUGUCAACUUCAGAGAUCGAAGCCGCCGAGCGCCUUGCCAAGGGCUUUGCCGAUUCUCAAGAAUGGGACCUGGUCGAGGCUGUUGCACAGCGAGUCAUUGAGUCUGGCAAAGCCAAGCCUUCCCCUGGAUCAAAGCGCCGAGGAUUCAGCUGGCCAUAUGCCGCAUUGGGAACUGUACAAAUUAAUAAACAACAGUACAGCAAGAGCAUCGUUUCAUUCCAAGCUGCACUUCGACUGGCCCCGAACGACUACCAUUCUUGGGUUGGUCUUGCCGAGAGUUAUCAUCACUCUGGACGAUAUGUUGCUGCUACCAAGGCCUUCGAAUACGCAAAGACCCUGGAGCCGAACCUGUCAGAAAAGGAGAAAGAAAAUGUGUGGUUCUCGCGAUACAUGCUGGCAAACGUCCGUCGAGAGCUUGGCGAGUACGACGAGGCAAUUGCCAGCUAUGACGAUGUCUUGAGCUCUAGACCAGGCGACAUUGGCGUCUCAAUUGCAUUGCUUCAAACCUUGACCGAGAGCUCAGCGAAGAGCCUCGGUUUGGGCUUGUUCAAUGAUUCGGCUGAACUGGCAUGUCGAGCAAUCAAGCUAGCCCAGUCACUGGUGCACAUCAAGAAUGACAUUUUCAACCUGUGGAAGGCUGUUGGUGAUGCCUGCUCCCAUUUUUCACAUAUGAAGAGCAAGCUUGUCAAACUGUCCGCUUCUGAUUGUAAAACUUUGUUGGCGGUUGAUCUCGACCCCAUCUCAUUCGAUUCGAUGACCGACAUUGAUGGCGUUGGAAGUGAAUGGCUUCAGGCCAGUGAAGACGAGGAAUCUUCAACCAGCUGCUACAUCUACGCAGCCAUUCUCGCAUACAAGCGUGCCCUCCAUGUUUCAGUCCAAGACUCCCACGCGCAGGCGGUCGCUUGGUACAACCUUGGUUGGGCCGAAUACCUGGCAUAUCGUGAGGCACAACCAGACCUCGCCAACAAGGGCAAGAAGCCUCGAAAGUUCUUGAAAGCAGCCAUGCAAUGCUUCAAGAGAGCCAUCGAGCUGGAAGCCGGCAAUGCUGAUUUCUGGAACUCGUUGGGUGUGGUUACUACUACUAUGAGUCCCAAGGUUGCGCAGCAUGCCUUCGUGAGAAGUUUACAUCUGAACGACCGAAACGCGCCCGUUUGGACUAAUCUUGGCGCGCUAUACCUUCUUCACAACGAUAUCCAACUUGCCAACGAUGCUUUCACACGAGCACAAUCAACCGACCCGGACUACGCAUUGGCUUGGGUGGGUCAAGGCUUGCUGGCGCUUCUUGUUGGCGAAACAAAAGAGGCCAAGGGCAUCUUCGAACAUGCAUUUGAAAUCUCCAAUUCCUCUGAGAUUUUACCUAAGCGCCAAUUCACGCUCACCCUCUUCGAUCAUCUUCUUUCGAGUCCUUUGGCUUCAAACGAAGUUUCCGAGCUCAUCCAGCCAUUCUUUGCGCUGCACCAACUGUGCAGCCAGAAUCCAUCCGACUUGCCAUUCGUCCAUUUGUCUGCCCUUUUGGCAGAGAGAAUGGGAGAAAGCGCGGAUGCCGAGGCCAGCUUAGAAGCGGUUUGCGCAGGCAUGGAAGCCGAGUAUGAAGAGACCGAAUCCCCCGCGUCUCUCUCGAAGUAUGCACAGGCAAAUGCCGACAUGGCUCGGAUUUUGCUUGCUCGCAACGCCUAUGACGAGGCUGCAGAGAAGGCCGAACUCGCACUCACACUCUCUGGCGAAGAAGAUGCAGAAAAGUUUGACCCCGAAGCUUGUCGAAAGCUUCGCCUCUCCGCGCACUUGACCGCUGGCCUGGCAUUCUAUCACACCAAAUCAUGGGACCAAGCAAUCGAUAUGUUCCGCGAUGCCCUCCAAGAAGCAAACAACGCCCCAGACGUGGUCUGUCUUCUGGCCCAGGUCCUGUGGGCCAAGGGUGGCGAGGAGGACCGAUCAGUUGCCCGGGAACAAUUGUUCGCCUGUCUCGAGAUUAAUGAUGGCCAUGUUGGGGCAACUCUUCUCCUAGGCGCCAUCUCAAUUCUGGACAAGGACAGCGAGGCACUUGAAGCCAUCGAAUCAGAUCUUAACAGCAUCAUGCAACACGACGACAUCGAUAUUCACGAGCGAGCCAAGCUGAUCAAACUUCGGACCACCAUGUCAGCUUUGGGAUUCAAUGCCCACGCAAAUGUCCCCGAGGAUGUCAGACGGACGGGCGAGGCCGCUGCCGCAAUCAUGCUCUCGCCAGGCCUGCCUGCCGGAUGGUUGGAGCUGUCCAACGCUUCGCAAAACUCGUAUGCGGCAGAAAUGGCCGUUACGCGCGCCCGCCAGAACGUGCCUCCCCACAGUAACCUCGAAGCCACCGAACUUGCUCAGGCAUAUGCACAGAGCGGAAAGACCAGUGAUUCGCUUAGGGCAAUUAUGGUAUCUCCGUGGAUAAGCAAUGGUUGGGAGGAACUGGAUUAUCAUCUGUCUGCCCUCGCUGCAUGA